AUGCAAGCUCCCACACAGGCUCCUGGAUCUGCGCCAGUCCCGACAGGUCGUGAGCAUCAAGUGCCAGUUACACCCGGAGGCCCCGCUCAGCUGUAUCCCACAGCCCUGCCGGGUGCGCAGAUCAACUGGCAAGGCGGGUACCCCGUCGAUAUGAGCGCCGUGCGGCAUCUAGUUGCUGGCGGGCGGGCAGGAGGGCCCGAAGCUCCGAGAGUAAGCGCGCUGGGUGCGGGUGUCGCUGCUUUGCAUCAGGUCUAUAGCAACCAAGGCCUGCAACCUGCCGGCGCUGGCGCCGCCGGUUAUGCACCUUAUCACAUCCCUGCACCUCCGCUUCCUGGUGCCAUGGGUCCUCCGCCGCCUGUCUCAACUGUCAUGGGCCUUGAUGUAGGGGUGCCGCCUGCAUAUGCCAAUCCCUACGCAAACCACGCGGCUGCUAUACGGGCUCAAACCGACCCAUUUGUUCCGCGCACCAUCACCGAAAAGGCAUCUAUCACCUAUGGGUACACGGCUGCUCAUGGACUCUAUGACGAGCUAUCUCGCUUGUACUUCAGACAGGCAUCUGCUACUGCAGAUGCUGUUACCGUCAAGUUCAAGCUUUUCAGCUAUGAUGCAAAUGGCAAAGCGAAGGCUCUCGGUCCAGCUCAGACCUUCAGCGGCGUCAAGGUCAACAUCGACUCUGAUAGUCUCAAGUUCGUCGCUUGGGCCGGUCUGCGGCCUUUAUUCAUCGAGAAAUUCUUUGGCGCCGACCUCCGCCUUAAUGACAUCCUUCAGCUUCAAUUCAAAAGUGGUGCCGCUAUACCAUCGGGUACACCUCAAUGCAUACGCUCGGCAUUUGUGCACAACCGUAACGCCAAGAGGGAGAUGCGCCUUACGAUCACUUCGUCAUCUUCUGUAGAUGUCCAUGUCCUUGUUACUCGCAGCCAUUACCAGGUUGCCGAAGCGCACAUGGAGAUGGUUAUAGACUGGGAUGUAGGCGCAGAUGACGAAAAAUUGAAGGCCUAUGGUGAGCAGAAAUGGAUCGAACGUUGCCAAGCACAGGCUAGCGCGGCUGAGGCAGUUGCGGCCGCGGCUCCGACUUCCAAUGGGGUAUACGUGCGUAAUGAUGUACGCACUGCACCAGCUCCAAUGGCGGCUCCUGCGACACCAGACACCCCCGCACCUAGUUUGCACCGUACACCUGACACAGCCCAGCAGCCUAGUCAACCUAGUAGCCGCUCGUACUCGCAGGAUUUUGGCGGCAAUACUUCGCGCAGCGAGCAGUUCCUGGACGGCACCGUGGGCUCUGCAAAUGCGGUACCCCUCUGGACUACUAAGGAGAUGCUCUACCAGUCCUUGGAGAAGCAGGGAGAGCUUGAUGCGGUGCAAACCGGGACUUGGUGUACGCUGUUAUCUGCAGAUCUUCCCAGUCGUGCUCGUCACUCACAGAUUAUCAAGGAACUGAGUGCCGCGGAUUUCAAGCCGCAAGCGGAUGUCAUCGUGACUGCUGGCUCUAUCCACUUCGACGAUAAGCCCAGGAAUGCCGAUGUCAUGUUUGGGUCGUUCAAGAUUGCGCAGGUUGCUCACAUAGUUGAGGGAACUCCUUUCCUCCCACGCCCGGGUCGCCGUUCGGACCAGACAGCAGUCUGCUUGAAGCGCGUAUUCACGAUGGGCGACAACACGCGUAUUCUUUUAGACGCUGCAGGCCAGGUGCAGAAGCUGGAUUCGGAGCAGAACACCUUGGUUUGGGCGGUCGCCGCGCACAACCGUUCUGUUCAGGAGCUGACAAACCUCCAUAAGCGCGGCUUUAAGAACAUCAUCGGGCAGUAUGCAGCUGUGCGCUUCGUUGAUGCGGCCUUGGCGCGUCUUGCGACACCCCUCAAGGCGUACACUGUGUUCAUGGUUGAAGAGUACAUCUCUCCUCCCGAUCAAGGCCAUUUCCGGAAGUACCUGGACAACCGAACUGGCGCUAUCUCUGAGAACCUCAAUGCACGCGAUCGCAAUAUGGCCAAGUACCUGUCAUGUCUACAACACGUCCAGUACCUUGGCAGUGACCGCACUCUCUUUGUAGCCGACUAUCAAGGCGGUGCAACUCUGCUCACUGAUCCGCAGAUAAUAUCUGAUCCUGACUUCCGCGAGAAGCACAACAUCUGCCCGUUCAGUGAUGGCAACGUCCCUACCCUUUUCCAGGAGUUCCCGACCACGCAUGUCUGUCUCCGCUACUGCAAGCACUACAAGUUAGAGCCUCUCACUGCGCCCUCGUCAGCUCGCACCGAAAGCGCCCCUCGCUCGGCUGGCAUAGGGUCGACAACCACGACUAGCAGAGAUGCCAUUGUUGGCGCAUCCGCGUCAGCAUCUCGCGGGUCAGCAUCUCGCGGAGGCGCUGGUAUCGGUCCCACCACGGAAAUUGAUCCCCAGCCGGCGCAUCACUCCCAGUCGACUCAGCCUACCAGUGGCAAGCGAUUGCGAUCUCAUUCUAGGGCGUCAGCGGUACAGUCCGAAACGCGCUCGCGGCGCCGGAUGGGAAGUCAAGGAUAA